UACUAGGGUUUAUUCAAUCACUGUUAAUGCUCUUCUGUCGUUUGUUGAUGAACAAUCAAACCCAGAAAAUGACCUAAACUCUUCUACUCCCAAUCCCAAAAUGCUUCGCCGCCUUGCCAUUUUUACCCACCAAGUUCUCGCAAAUUCCAAUUCUAUCCUCCCCACCACCACCAAGCACAACAGCACCUUCUUCCUCUGCUCCCAUUUCAACCCUUCAUGUCACAGGGGCACUGGGUUCGCCUCAAUUCGCUUACUUUCGUACUCUCCUGUGAACCGCCGCAUACCUGAUCCCGAAGACCCCUCGAAUUUGAUAAAAGAAGAUGGCGUUUCUGUUUUAUCCCAAAUGUGGAUUGAGAAUUUUCGUGAACCUGAUAGGAUUGUGACUAAUUUGUCCUCUUACCUUCGCCGAUUCGAGUUGUGGGUAUUGGCGUACCAGAAGGUUUGCGCCGACGAGAUGGGUGCGUAUAUGCCCCGCAGUGAAAUACAGAGGUCAGCGCUUGAGGACUUGUUAGCGCUUCGUAAUGCUGUUCUUGACAGUAGGUUUAGGUGGGGUGCUAGACUAGAGUUCUUUAUUAAAUCACCCAAGGAUAAGACUGAAUACGAGUCUUUGUCUAAGAGGAAAAUUAAGGCCAUUCUGACGACUACACAACCGGCCCCAUUUCAAGAUAAGUUAGUGCAGGAAGUUCUGUUAAUGAUUUUGGAGCCAAUAUAUGAGGGUCGGUUCUCUCAAAAGUCAUUUGCGUUUAGGCCGGGGAGGAAUGCGCAUACAGUGUUGAGGGUGAUUAGGAGGAGUUUUGCAGGGUACUUGUGGUAUAUAAAGGGCGAUUUGAGUACUAUAUUGGAUGGGAUGAAGGUGGGUUUGGUGAUAAAUGCUUUGAUCAGGGAUGUGAGGGAUAAGAAGAUCAUUGAUUUGGUGAAGGCGGCGUUGGUUACACCAGUGGUUACGAGUAAGGAUGAUGGAGUGGAGAAGAAGAAAAAGAAGAGAAAAUAUCAGAAGAAGAGGGUGUUAGCAGAGGAUGAGCCGAAACCAGACCCAUAUUGGUUGGAGACUUUUUUUGGGUUUGCACCUGAGGAGGCAGAGAAGCUUCCUUCUUGGGGCCAUUGUGGGAUACUUAGCCCCCUUUUUGCUAAUGUUUGUUUGGAUGAACUGGACCGCUGGAUGGAGGGGAAGAUUAAGGACUUUUAUCAUCCGUCAAAGAGUGAUGUCAUAUGGAAUAGCCCGGAAGGUGAAGCAGAACAUGGAAAUACAUCUUGGCCUGAAUUUGUGCCAACAAGUGGCCCAGAUAAGACCAGAAAGAUGGAUUACGUUCGAUAUGGUGGUCAUAUUUUAAUUGGUGUUCGAGGACCUCGAUCAGAUGCUGCCACAUUGAGAAAACAAUUGAUUGAGUUUGUUGAUCAGAAGUAUGUGCUCAAGCUUGACAAUGAGAGCCUCCCUAUAGAACACAUAACAAAGGGAAUAAUGUUUCUAGAUCAUGUGUUGUGUCGCAGAGUUGUGUACCCAACGCUUCGUUACACUGCAACUGGUGGGAAAAUCAUUAGUGAGAAGGGUGUAGGCACUCUUUUAUCAGUUACAGCAAGCUUGAAACAGUGCAUCAAGCAAUUUAGGAAGUUGAGCUUUCUUAAGGGAGACAGGGAUCCAGACCCACAACCUUGUUUCAGAAUGUUUCAUGCCACCCAAGCUCAUACUAAUGCACAAAUGAACAAGUUUCUGUCCACAAUGGUUGAGUGGUAUAGAUUUGCAGAUAACCGGAAAAAAAUUGUGAACUUUUGCUCUUACAUUUUAAGGGGUUCACUUGCGAAGCUCUAUGCAGCAAAGUACAAGCUCCGUUCACGUGCAAAGGUGUACAAGAUUGGUUCGAGGAAUCUGAGUCGUCCUUUGAAGGAGAAGAAGGGGCAGUCACCUGAGUACCAUAAUUUGUUGAGGAUGGGUCUUGCCGAGUCAAUUGAUGGGCUUCAGUAUACCAGGAUGUCUCUUGUUCCUGAGACAGAUUACAGCCCUUUCCCAAGUAACUGGAGGCCCGAUCAUGAGAAGGCACUACUUGAAUAUAUAAGGCUUGAUGAUCCAAAAACUAUUGAGGAGCAGCGUAGGUGCAUCAUGGACCAAGGUCUUGUUUCACCUCAGGAUUACGUUUCAAUGCUUGUUUGGAACUACAAAAGGAAUGCUGGCACGUUGGAUCAACUUUCCUUGGUCAAUAGUGGUAGCACUAACAUUGAAAGAGAUAAACUAUUGCUGCUGGGAUCGAACGAGGAUAAACUUGAGCAUAGGACUAAAGAAGAGGAGGAAAAUGAUAAACAGUUUUGUGUAUCACAGAUGUAAAAUUUUUACUGCCACAGUAAUAAGGUAAAGUUAUUCAUGUGGCAUGUCAUUAUGUUGGCUCUUACUGGUACGCUUGCUGGCAAGUUAUAGAAAUGUUAGCUGUAUCGUUAUUAGGGGAAUGGUAUAUGGUUAGCUAUUCUUUCUUAUCAAGUUUACACUUUCUACAA